GUGUUUUUUUGUUUGGUUUUUCCCAUUCCAAAGCAACUGCGCUACUUAAACUGCGUAAAAUCUAGCCUACUUCUAAAACAAACUGCGUUAAAGCUGUUUAUCUCAGAGCAACCAAAAAAGAGUAACGAUGGCGCUAUGGAUGGAAAAGGGUUCGGAGCCCUUGACCGAAACCGAGAAAGCAGACCUUGAAGCCAUUGCUGCAAUCAAAGAGUCUUCAGCCUUUGAACUCAAGGAAAAGGGUAACCAAUAUGUGAAGAUGGGGAAGAAGCAUUACUCUGAUGCUGUUGAUUGCUACACAAGGGCAAUCAAUCAGAAUGCCUUGACUGAUUCUGACACCUCUAUUCUUUUUUCAAAUAGAGCCCUUGUUAAUUUGCUUCUUGGGAAUUUCAGACGAGCACUUAAUGAUGCUAAUGAUGCACUCAAGUUGCAACCUUCAAACAUAAAGGCGAUUUAUAGAGCUGCCAAAGCUUCUUUUUCAUUGAAUUUGUUGGAUGAGGCACAAGACUAUUGUCAAAUGGGUCUUGAUUUGGACCCUAAUAAUGAUGAAUUGAAGAAGCUUGACAAUCAGAUUGGUAUUAAGAUAUUGGAGAAUGAAAAACAUGAAGCUGAAGUUUCUAAGGCUGUUGCAGAUGCAAAGGAACUUGUUUCUGCAAUGGAAAGUAGAGGCUUGAAGAUUGGAAAGGCCAUGUAUCGAGAGCUCACUGGGUUAAAGAAACCUGUGUUAGACAAAAAUAACAUCCUUCAUUGGCCUGUUCUUCUUCUGUAUGCAGAGGUUAUGUCCAGUGACUUCAUUGAGGAUUUCUGCGAGACUGACAUGUUUUUGGAUCACCUUGAUAUGGUAUUUGCAGAAGAUCAGCCGCUCUCAUGGGAUGUUGAAAACAAUUACAAGCGUGAAUUUAUUGAGUUAUAUUAUGACAAAACUUAUACUUCAGAAGCAAUUUUCCCCCUCUCCCCUUAUUCAUUCUUUUAUCAGGCUGGUUCUGGACCUCGUCUAUCUAAGGAAAAACUCCUUCGUUAUCUAUUAGAGGGAACUGCUGCAGCUUCUAAUGUGGAAGGUAGUGGUGAUGAAGAAAAAGAUGCGGUUGAGGAUCUUAAGCAAAACACGGGCUCCCCUAAAUGGAUCAAAGUAAAUGAAAGGAGAACACUUCACGAUGUUCUGAAAGAGUCUAAGUUCAUCAUUCCUGAGAUCCCAGUCUUCUAUGUCGUUUCUAAGAAAUCUAGCUUUUAUAGCAAAUUCAAAGAUGGAAGUUGGGCUCCUCCAAGUGUAUGAAGGAAGCAACAACGAUCUGACAUGAUUUGCAGAAACUAGAUUCAAGAGUUAAUGUCUCAAUCAGGAAGUCUUGAAGAUUGGGCACCUGUUUCUUCCAUAAUUUGGACUUUUAUUUACAUAAGAGUUACCUGCUAAUUUCAAUUGUUUGAUAAGUCAAGAUUUCAGGCUGUCCUAGUUGUCCCAAUGAUAGUGCUAGAAUUGAAGGAAUAUCAGCUUGGGUUGUUUGGCUAGAUGUAUAAUAUAAUAUAUAAUAGAUUUGGUUUCAGAUUUUUAUCAAGUUACAAAUAGAUGCAAUGCUUUUAACAUGUAGAAUGCCAUAUUUUAUCAAGUCAAGCAUAAGAAUUUGCUA